AUGUCUCACUUCACUUUCUUGAGGAGUUUUCACACAGACUGCAAUAAGUUGGCUCCAUACCUGUCCGGCACAUCGCGGCUGCUCAAUCCUCAAGCUGUCAGGAAAACACCAACGUGUCUUCCAUUGCGAAAUUUCGGCAUUGUGAACCAACCUGGUGACUCCUGCCCAAACCUGAAGCAUUCACGUUACACACUUCGCGGCGCAAACCCAAAAACCUUUAAAAGGACCAAGUCACAGCGACGUUUUUCCAAGCUCAAGCACCUUCAUUUACUGCCUGUAUGCUGCUCUUCGCCAUCACCUAGAACUUUUGUUAACGCGCUGACUCUAGUCAUGUCUGGAAUCUUCACCAACGGUCAGACUCUCGUCGUCAGCGCUGUCGGCCCCGGAAAGCUCCACUUGCUCUCUUACCAGAGCAACGCGAAAAUCCCAAACCACGUCGGUUACAUCCCGACCAACAAGACUGGCGAGACGAGAUUCGUGAUUUCCCACAGCUACACGUUCGAGAAAUUCGCCUUUUUCUGGGAGGGGUCCGGCGAGGCCGUGUACGGUAUUGGAACGUCUUUAGUUCGUUCGCCAGUUGGAAAGAGCUGGGACAGCGCCUCCGUGGCUAGCUGGGGUAGCGCCACCAUCACCACUGCCAAUGUCGCCUCCCAGGUGACCAGCGCCGUUACCCGCGACAAUGCAAUUACCGCUUUUAUCAUCCCCGACUUGAUCUAG